AUGGUCGCAAUCUCAAUGAUUUGGUUUUUUACCAAGCGUAUGCCCAGAAUAUUUGCAUUAGCUUUUAAUUUAAUUUCAAUAUUUCUUUUGAUUUUUCUUCUCAUCGGCUGUUACAACCCGUCAAAUCAGUCAACAUUUCUAGUGAAGUAUAAAUUUGAUGACAACUCACCUUUUUAUACGAUCAUAGAGAAAUCAUAUGAAAAAUCAAAUACAACUCUGGGCUUGGAGGAAGUCAUUAUAAGAUCCGGUUACAUGGGUGUUUGUAUUGAUAACAUUCCCUCCCAAUAUAGCUCUUACAAUAAUAUGACUACAUUCUCCAAUUCAAUUUGCUAUGCAAGAAAGAAUUUAAGCUCGGUUCCCUUAUACAGAGACUUGGAAAUUCAACUCUCAAAUAUUGCAUCUUCCAGCUCCAAAACCCAAUCAAGCGUUGUCUUGAACAUUUUGAAGUUAGCCCAAUUAACUUCGGUUAAUGUUAUACAUCCAUAUGUCUUGAUGGCAACUGUAAUCCUAACAAUCCUAAUGUUUCUAUUUAUUCUGUAUGUAACUGUCCCUAAGUUACCAUUCAAACUAGCGGUUAAUAAAUUUCUACUGUUGCUAAGUUCAACUAUAGUUUUGACAUGGGGUAUUGGUGCGAUGUGGACUCAUGUAGGGAUAAAUGCAAGUUACAGAUUGGUUCCAUCAUCAAGUAUGAAUAUAAUCACUGUCAAGAAGGGCAAGAAGGCAGCAGUAAUGGCUUGGUUUAGCUUUGCAUUCCUCCUUUUAGACAGUGUGGUUUUAUGGUUAAUAUUUUUAAGGGAUAGGAAAAGCUUGAAAGAUGAAAUUGAUAAUGUUCCAUGUGCCCAAAAUAGGUACAAUAACUACUCUUCGGAUUCAUCUACAUUGCAUUCCAAAGUUUAG